GAACGCCGUUAGGUCCGGUGUCGGUCAGGGUGUGGGCUGCAGAGGACGGACGGACGGACACGUGUUGGACCUGACUGCAGCCUGAAGCCUGCACACAUUAACGGAAUGCGACCCGAGUGAUUGAUAAAACCCCCAGAGAUUGAGCCGAACAUGGCCGAGGCGCCUCGCGACAGCUCCGACCCCCCUUUGAACAUCGACAUCGAUCCGGAUUUCGAGCCCCAGAAGCGUCCGCGCUCCUGCACUUGGCCUCUGCCCCGUCCGGAGUCCGGUGCGGGGAAACCGGGGACCGGCGACGUCAUCCCCGAAGAGGAGGACGAUGAGGGCGCGGAGCGCGGCGCCGCGCAGGGAGCCUGCGGCGCCUCGGUUCGAGCAGAGCCGAGCCGCGGCGGCUGCGCCUCCCGGCCCGUGGAGGUCCUGCGCGGUCCCCGCAGGGAGGACGCGGACGACGGGUCCCCGUCCUCCUCCUCCUCACAGCCGCCCGGCGCGGCUCAGUGCGGCUCCGCCGCCCAGCAGCUGAGGAAGUCGUCCUCCCGCAGGAACGCCUGGGGGAACUACUCGUACGCAGACCUGAUCACCCAGGCCAUCGACAGCUCCCCGGACAAAAGGCUGACCCUGUCCCAGAUCUACGACUGGAUGGUCCGGUCCGUGCCGUACUUCAAGGACAAAGGAGACAGCAACAGCUCUGCAGGCUGGAAGAAUUCCAUUCGACACAAUUUGUCCCUCCAUAGUCGUUUUGUGAAAGUCCAGAAUGAAGGAACCGGGAAAAGCUCCUGGUGGAUGGUGAACCCAGAUGGAGGUAAAGGAGGCAAAGCUCCCCGAAGACGAGCUGUUUCCAUGGACAACAGUAAGUACAUCAAAGGAGCCAGAGGACGGGCCACCAAGAAGAAAGCCUCCUUGCAAGCGGCACAGGAUGGUAGCUCUGAGAGCUCCUCGAGCCUGUCCAAAUGGACAGGAAGUCCCACGUCCCGCAGCAGCGACGAGCUGGACGCCUGGACGGAUUUCCGCUCCAGGACCAACUCCAAUGCCAGCACGCUCAGUGGGCGUCUGUCCCCAAUUCUUGCUAACCUGGAGCUGGAUGAGGUGCCCGAUGAUGACUCCCCACUUUCCCCCAUGCUGUACUCCAGCCCCAGCAGCAUGUCUCCGUCCACAGGACCCACAGGACUCUCUGACCUGGCUGGUACUAUGAACCUCAACGACGGCCUGUCGGACAACCUGAUGGAUGAUCUGUUAGACAACAUCAGCCUGACUGCGUCACAGCAGCCUCCCCCCGGAGAGGAAGACCCUGGAGCCAACGGUCAGGGCACCUCAGUGUUUACCUUUGGCUGCUCAGGUACUGGUCUAGGUAGUCCCUCUGGAAGCUAUGGGUCAAAUCCGCUUUUCAGUCCAUCUUCCAUCACGAGUCUGCGUCAGUCACCCAUGCAGACCAUCCAAGAGAACAAGCAGACCACGUUCACGAGCAUCUCACACUUCAGCGAGCACCAGACCCUGCAGGACCUGCUGAGUCUGGACUCCCACAGUCCCAGUGAUGUCAUGCUCACUCAGUCCGACCCUCUAAUGUCGCAGGCCAGCACCGCCAUCGCCCUGCAGAACUCCCGUCGCAACGCAACGCUGCUCCGCAAGGACCACGUCCUGCUGAGUCCCGGCAGUCCAGGUCUGGCUCCGAGCUCUUCAGUGCCUGGUUGGCAAGCUGGCUUGUCGACCGCCGAGACCGACGUGGUUCCUUCCGCUGCCAAGCAGCCGCACCUGAAGUCUCCCAGUAAGACCUCCUCUAUGCAGCUGAGCUCUGGCUUACCAGGUCAGGACCGGUUCCACGCCGAUCUGGGCCUCGAUGUGUUCAACGGCGGUCUGGACUGUGACAUGGACUCCAUCAUCCGUAACGAGCUGAUGGAGGCAGAUUGCCUGGAGCUGAGCUUCGACGCCCGCCAAAGCUCCGCCCAGAACAGGAAGUCAGGAAGCCUCUCCAGCUCCAAACAGACGUCUCAGAGCUGGGUGCCAAGCUGAGGAGGAGCAGGGACGUUUGAGUUUACCAACCUGUGUUGUGCAAAUAAAGGGAAAAAUGUAUUUAUGUCCAAUUUUCAGUAGCAAUACAGUCAGGUACAGUCUGGGUAUGAAACUAGAUGUGCAGCUUGUAUCCAGGCCAGGCAUGGUCAGUCCUGGUCCUGGAGGGCUGCAGCCCUGCAUGUUUUACUUGUUUCUCUGCUCCAACACACCUGAUAUGAAG